AUGGAGAGAAACAGCGGAACGAAAAAUGACACCGAGUCGAAAACGUUUUCUCUGAGUCUGAAAGGAGUCUCGACGAAGAAAUCGGCAUUCGACAAGAAUCUCAUUCGUGAUAGGGAAAUUAUAGAAGAAACAGAUUACGUCACUGAAGUUUCCGACAAGACGAUAAAAAGUACGCGGGAAGCCCCGAAGAAGAAGGUGUUCGUGAUUCCUGCCGUCAAAGACAAUAACGUUUUCCAAAGGAAACUCGAGCUCAAGUAUGGGUCGAAUGUCGAAGGCAGGAAGAAGAAGAGAUUAUCGGAGGGAGCUGAACCUCGCAUCAAGCAGGAACCCAGUUCACCGUCCCAUGAUCAAUCAGAUCCUAGUGGGGAAAGUUUGCCUCAAUCAGCAACUUUGGAAGAUUACGAACAGAUGCCAGUCGAAGAAUUCGGGAUGGCGAUGCUGCGAGGGAUGGGCUUCAGACCCGAACAUGCAGACGAGAAAGAGUGGCCGAAACCCAUCGAGAUCAAGCUCCGGCCGAAAGGACUCGGCCUCGGAGCUGAAGUCCAAACGAGCAUGCAAAAAGAGCACAUUGAACAAAGCAAAAAGAGCAACAACUCAGCGACGCCUUUGAUCGUCAAAAGCGGGGCCUACGUCAAGAUCUUGCGUGGGGCGCACGAAGGCAAAUACGGCCAGGUUGAGGGAAUGGACGAGGAUGCUGCUCGUGUUCACAUCUGUCUCGCGAUAUCAAAAGAGAAAGUCUCCUGUAAUGAAGCCUUCGUCGCUGCCGUGACGAAGGAGGAAUACAACGAUCGGGGUAAAUGUUUGAACAAAGCAACCUACGACGACUACAAGCAGAAACACGACACGAAAAAUCAGAACGACUCCAAGUUCGAGGUGAGCUCGCUCGCACAGUCCGAUAUAGGCGUCAAGAGUAAAGAGAAGGAAAAGAAGAAAACUCCAGAAACCGCAGAAAAGAGACCAUUCAUCGGUUACUGGCUGAGAUCUCAGAUUCGAGCCCGUAUCAUCGACGAAAAGUUCAAGAAGGGCAAGUACGUGAACGAGAAAGUUGUCAUCGAGGAUGUGCUGACACGGGACACAUGCUUGUGCCGAACAGAUCGAGGCCAGCUUCUUGAGGAUGUACACAUGGACAUGUUGGAGACCGUCCUGCCGCGAUCGAAUCGACAAUCCGAGGUGCCUGUCGUUGUUGUCGCCGGCAAGUUCAAAGGCCAGAUGGGUCACAUAGUUGAUCGCGACAAGAAAGGAGCUCAGGCGUUUGUACAGUUUGAAAGUGAUAAUGAAAUCCACAAAUUGAGUUUUGACUAUAUAUGCGAAUACGCAGGCGAAUUGUAA